CGAUUCGCUACGGACCACACGAAUCAUGUACAUCCUGUACUACUCCCCCGCGACAGCGAGCAUGGUCGUGCAUCACAUGCUCAAGGAACUCAGGGCGUCCCAUGAACUCCGCCUCGUGGACAUCACGACGGGGGCCCAGCGCGACCCCGAGUACCUUGGGUUGAACCCGAACGGCCUCGUCCCCACACUCGUCGUCGACGGCCGUCCCUUGUACGAAGCGGCCGCCAUUACAAUGUUUCUUGCGGAUCGGCAUCCCGAGGCCAAGUUGGCGCCGUCGAUCGCGGACGAUGCGCUUCGCGCCGUGUACCUUCAAUGGAUGUUCCAUCUCGCCAACACGCUGCAGCCGGCGUUCCGUCUCUGGUUCUAUGCAAAGGACCUUCCCCAUGCCGACCAUGACGCCGUCAAGACGGAUGUCCAAGCGCGCAUCGAAUCGGUGUGGGACCGCGUCGACGCGCAUCUGGCUACGACAAAGUCGGCAUUCAUGCUCGGAGACACCAUCUCCGCCCUUGAUAUCUACCUCAUCAUGCUCAUGCGGUGGUCGCGAAACAUGCCCAAGCCUGCGACGGAAUGGCCGCAGCUGGCUGCUGUCGCCAGCCGUGUCAAGGCCACGGCGAGCUGGAAAGACAUGAACGCCGCGGAGGGCAACACCGACUGGCUCUAGGUCAUGCGAGCGCACGGACGGAUGCAGGAAAUGCAACUUUCACUUCAACGAUUGCAUCGUAUGCAUCAUCGUGGACGUCAUGUGGAUUGCCCAAAGAGCGGCAGCACUGGACACACUCCAAGGCCACAAUGAGCACGGUAACUCACCCCUAGCAUAUACCUAAGGAGUGCACGAUGAGGUCCGUCUCGUGGAUAUUGCCG